GAAGUAUCGAGCGAGCGUGUUGGUGCAGGCGUGUGAUCUGUGGUCAUGAUGAAAGUGUACACACGUUUAUAAUUUAGUCUGCUUCGCAGGGAUGCGGCUCUAUGGGACACUUAUUAUGAGGUCAUGUGCCACACCGGCCGGUUCCGUAGACUGUAAAAAUAAAUGCAUAAAAAUGUAAAUAUUGUUGGUCUUCAUGUGGACAAUUUGCGGCUAACGAGAAGCGCGGUCGGACUGCACGGGCGGCCCUCACAGCCAAUCAGCUUCUACUAUUCUGCGAGUGGGCGGGGCUUCUGGCUCAUGAAUAUCCAACAAGCGCGCUUGCGGGACAGACAACAAGGGGCUUGUGUUGUGUUGUUUUUGCACCCUGAAAUCGUUAAUAACAGCCCUGGACGCCGCACGCGGGUUUGAAAGGAAGUGACCGUCUGCCCGCCGAGUUGUCGCUCUGGCUUCCCGCUGAAGGAGGCGGGCGACGUGAGGCCAUCGAUCCGGUCUGAUAGGAGUUAAACAGGAACCAUGUCUGACAAAGCCGCGGUCACAGUGUCGCUUCAGCCCGGCGGUACGGUCGCUACGAGGGAGCCGCAGAAGUCCUUUCCUUUUGUUCUGAAGAAGAUCAUGGACAUCCCACCUCCCAACAUCCUGGAGGAGGGCGACGACGAAAUAGAGAAAGAGAAGCUUUGCUCCACUGAGAGUGGGGGAGGCGAGGCUGGGGCAGCCAGUGCUGGUGCAGAUUCUAGAGAAGGAGGUGGUGGUGCAGGUGGUGGUGGUGGAGUAUCAGCAUCCUUAACCCCAGCCAUUUGGGAGAAGACCAUUCCCUACGAUGGAGAGACCUUCCACCUGGAGUACAUGGACCUGGAUGAGUUCCUCCUGGAGAACGGGAUCCCUGCCACGCUGGAGGAGGAGGAGCUGCAGAAGACUUUGGCCUCGGUGGGAUUUAAAGGCAAAUUUGUCCCCAAGGUCACUGCGAGAGCCACUGCUGCUGGCGCCCCCGACGCCACCUCAGCAGUAACCCCGUCUAUCUCCGCCACGUCCACGGUCACCUCUGAUCCAGAGGAAGAGGCGAGCGUCACUACGUUACAACCAGCCAAGUUAGAGGAAGAAGAAUUAGAGGAACAGGAAGAAGAAGAACAAGAAGAGGAGAUUGAGGAGGAGGAGGAGGAGGAAGAGGAAAAAGAAAAAACAAAAUCUCUGCCUCGAGCGGCAAAAACAGAAGUGGAAGAAAAGAAAACAGAGCGUAACACUCCCUCCCCCGUCGACCCAGAAGCCAUCGAGGUGGACAUUAACUUCCAGCCGGACCCCACAGACCUGGUCCUGUCCAGCGUACCGGGGGGAGAGCUGUUCAACCCGCGCAAGCACAAGUUCUCCGACGAGGAGCUGAAACCGCAGCCGAUGAUCAAGAAAGCCAAGAAAGUGUUUGUUCCCGAUGAGCAGAAGGAUGACAAAUACUGGUCCAGGAGAAAGAAGAACAACGUGGCAGCAAAGCGCUCCCGCGACGCCCGGCGGCUGAAGGAGAACCAGAUCACGGUGCGCGCCUCCUUCCUGGAGCGGGAGAACGCGGCGCUGCGGCAGCAGGUGGCCGAGAUGCGGAAGGACUGCGGCCGCUGCAAGAACAUCCUGUCACGAUACGAGGCGAAGUACGGGCCGCUGUAAAGAGCUCAACCCCCGGCCCCCCCCGACCCCCACCUUCCCCACACCCAAAAGUAUCAACGAUACGAAAAGCAGAACUCCCCUCCCCGCAGAAUUCAACGCAGACCCGAACCACCAAGGAAUUCCAAAUGUCCACUGCGGUCUUUACUGACCUCCCAGUUUCGUUUUUCGAAAACGGCGCCGGAGUUUUGCAUACACAUUGGCAGGCAGUUGAUGGGAUGGCAUGAUGGGAGCGGUGGCGGCAGGAAGGCCCGUGGCGAGCGCCUGGCUCCUACGCUUAGAGAGGAAGGGGACCACUGUCCGACUCCUUCCGUGUGGUCAAACGCACGCGGCGAGUCCGGUCGGUCCCGAAGGCGCUCUCGAGUCAGUCAGGAGAUAUGGAAAGAGAGUCACACACAGAUCAGUUUUCAUCACUGCACUUCUUCUUUGUGGACCAAAGCAUGAGUCCGUAUGGAGUCCUGUAUUCAGGAGGGUACGCGCUGUUCCGCCCCUCACAUUUACGUGUGUCGCGCUCACGCUUGUGUCUGUACUUUUUUAUUUUUCAAAGAGCCCGUGGCAGCGUAGGAGGUAACUGAGCACGCGGCCGACUCGCAUUCACAGCGGUGCUUCCAGCUCGCAGAGGAAGGGAGCGGGGCGCUUCGGCUCGGCAGAGGAGGAGGAGGGGAGGAGGACGGGGGUCCGUUAGCGGCGAUGUACACAGUCCUCUCCCUGCAACGAAACGGCCGCGUAAUCCGUUCGGGCUCUUUCUCUUCAAGAACACAGUGUGUGUGUGUGUUUUAUAGUGGUGGCCGGUAUCUUCUUCAUACGCCUCCAUCCCGGGAGGCAGAGUAGCUCAUUUGAGGGAAUAACACAUGCAUGACCUUCCAUUUAAAGCUAAUGUGAUCCAAUGUCCUUUUCUACUAACCUCAGAUCAGCUUCCAGCACACAAUAUAGUUUUGAAAGAAGAAAGACUUUAGCUUUCGCUUAGAAGAUGAUGUAUAUUUCCCGAAUGGAGUUGUAGGGUUGCUUGUCUGCAGGUUACUGUGGACGGCGGUCGUCAGGUGAUUGGCGGUGGAGCGGUAUGUCGAUGCGUAGGGACGUUUAUUUCGCUGCUCACUGCAGAUAGAGGGCGCUAGAGCUACUGCCUGCCGCGAUGGCUGGAUUGAUUUUAAAACAAAAGAAAAACAUUUAGACGGCCCCAAAGUUGACCGCUUCUAAACCUUGUAAAUGAAUGAUUGUCUCGUGGUCUUUAUUUCCCUAGACAGGAAAUUUGUCCGCGUCCUCCUUACCAACCAGAUACACGUCCUCAUAUUUGCCAAAUAGUCGAUGAGUGCUGUAUUCAUUCUGAUGGUAACGAUGCGUCUGUUGAUUGUGAUGUAUAACAUGUUGGAUAAUUCCUUUUCGAAGAACAAUUCUUCUAAUGAAACCAAUGCAGGGAUAUUAAUGGGUAACUGUUCUUUUGGAUGUUUGUUUUAAAAACAGAUUAAUAUAGUUUUAUGGAAUCCCCUCCAUAUAAAUAUAUACGUACAGCAUGUGUUUAAAAACACAAAGGACCGGACACACUCUCGUUUACCUCAUCCAGCACUUCCUAUUUUUAAUGGUGAAAUGUGAGGUCGGGCUACAAAGUGGUCGUAGUCGAAGCAGAAAGCACAUUAAAAAGCAGCUUUGAUCCAUUGAGGCAAAACCUGGACUGAGUCGCCAAAUUGAGUGUUUUGCUGAGUCUGUCUAGAUAAGUCAACACGUGACGGACUGUUAUGGGACUCAGUGUCUUUGGCCGAUGCACAUUUAGUCAUCAGUCGGUUUGUGCUCAUAAUCGCCGUGAUUAUGUAAAGAAAAGAAGUGUGGCAAUAAUACUGUGUCAUGAAAUGCUCGUUUAAUUUCUAUGAUGAUGUUGUAUGUUGAGUUGAUGUACUAAAUAGAAAUGCCCCGAAAGUCAUUUGUGCUUCCAGUUCAGAUCCUCUAGUCUGGGAUCCUAAUGCAUGAAACCCCGUCUUUAGUUUGUUUUUCUCUUGAAUAUUUUACACCAAGUGUACUUAUGUCUGCAAACUAUUACUGAAAAUUAGAUAUGAAAGUUCAUGGUCUCUUGUACAGCUCAAACGCAUAACAUCCUUAUUAUAAUGUUAGGUGUUUAUGACUCUUCAUAGCAUUAUAGAACCAGCCGUCCAGCGCUUGACCUUGGGCCGAACAUCAGCUAAAGACAGCAUCUUUUAAUCACUGUGUGGAUUGUUGUUUAUUUAACGAAGAUUAAUCUAUAUCUAGAUACACUGGAUCAGUUUGUGAUUUUGUGUUUCUGCUAUAGAUUCUGUGCUUGUUCCAGUUUCCUGGGAGACGUUUCUUAGCAAUGUGUUUUAUGUUGCAUUGACAUUCAAACUUGGCUUUGGCUACAUUAUGCUGUUUAUACUUAAGUAUAGUUGAUUGCAAACAUUCAGUUAUUUUUUUACGCUGAUGCGAGUCUUUUAGACAGAAGAUGAUUUAUAUCACAGAACGUAGCAAUUUCCUAUUUGCUUUGGCGCAGAGCACCUGGAGCCAGCUGUAACUCUCAAACCUGCUUAUAACCGUUUAGCAGGGUCUAAACGAUCCAGACCAACACACGCCAAACAGUGCCAACAGUAGGAAGGAAGAUAAGCAGUGGUUUGUGUCCGACCUCCAGUCUAAGGUAGCAAUGGCCGUCGUACCAUCAGAACCACUGUCUGGCCCCAGCAGGCGACUGUUCUCUGCAUGAAAAGUGCUGCAAUUAGCAUCCGCAGGUCCCAACUGCCGCUUUAGCUUCUGGUCAAACUGUUGGCACCAGCUCUGGGUUCUGCACAUCAAUGACAUAUCCUUGUUUGCGAAUUAAAGCGGCGACAGUACUCAUAAAAAAAUAAAUACAUUUGAAAGUAUCGAUUUUAAAGUGCUUUAUUUUCUUCCUGUUCAUUUUUUAUAUAAACAUGUUGUUUGUUGUUCUAUUGUCAUCAACAUGUGUAGGAUACAUGCAACUCCAGUACCAUGUUCUAACAAUCUUGUACCCUGCAAUUGGAAUAAAUUGGCAUUAAGUGAAA